AUGCUCGCACACAUUCGCCCGUCGGUGGAAACCACGGGGCCGUUGACCCCUGACGUCCACUGGUGCGAACUCAGCCCCGCCGAGCUGAAAACCCUCCACCCUGAACAGCCCCCCCACGUCGUUCCCAACAAGCAGCACACUCCGUACGAAGGGCUGCCACGGUGGCCUGGCCUCUCCAGUGCCACGGCUGUUCUUCGAAUCCUCGACAUAAUUGGCACAUCCUUCUUUGCCGCCAGUGGGUCACUCGCCGCCGCCAUGUCCGGCUGCGACCUCGUCGGGUGCAUCAUCGUGGGGUGUAUCACGGCCGUGGGCGGGGGGACGUGGCGCGACAUCCUCUUGCUGCACAAGCAGCCAUUCUGGGUCCAAGAAUGGGAGUACCUGGUCCUGGCCGUCGCUGUGUCGGUGCUGCUGUUCCUCACGUGGGGGUUGCUCCCGCUCGGUCAAACCGUUCUGGGGGCGACCCUCAAGGCUGCAAAUGGCGACGCUGGUGUGCUCAUGGACUGGGGGGACGCCCUGGGAAUCGGCGCCGCGUCGGUCAUCGGGGCCAUGAACGGCAUCCGGUCCGACUGCCCCGUCGUCAUCUCGGCCCUCUGCGGCAUGGUCACUGCCACCUGUGGCGGGUUCACUCGCGAUGUUGUGCUCAACCGAACCGUGCGCAUCUUGUACUCACACGCUGAAGUGUACGCUGUGAUUACCCUCACGGGCGCCGCCGCGUACCUGAGUCUGCAGCGCCUGCUACCCAAACACCAAGCGCUGCGCAUUGCGUUUUGCGUCCUUCUUGUGAUUGUAUUGCGGCAACAAGCGUGGACGCAUGGAUGGCGCAUGCCCACAUGGAACACCCACAAGCCGUCGCUGUGA